ACGCAUCAAAAUCGAUCAAUUAUAGAAUUCAGACCUCGCUCUCCCCCGAACACUCGCUUCCUAACCCUUCCGCCCGAGCUGCCCUCCCUCUCUAGCGCUUCAAUUUCCCCUUCUCGCCGCGCCUCAACCUCUCUCUCCCCAUCAUGGCGCCCACCGACCACGACCCCCUCCUCGUCCUCCGCCAAUCCAUCUCCAGCGGCCAGACCUUUGUCCCCAGCGCGUCCGACGAUGCCUCGGCGCCCGAGGUGCCCCUCUCGCAGGCCACGCACCUGCAGUUCACAGCGCUGUCGCUCGCCCUGCCCAUAGACUCGCCCACGCGCUUCAUCUCGAGCGACAAGCCCGUCGACCUGCGCAGCAUCUACUUUGCCUGGCUCAACCGCGAGCUGGCCAUUCCCGAGUACAAUGCCGCGGCGACGAGGCUGAACGAGGACCUGGCCGCCGCCGGGUCCAGCGCCAAGGUGCAGAACCUCGGCUUCAUCGAGCGCCUGGACCUCAUCACCUGGCUCGAGGGCGCCAGCGAGGAGAGCGAGUACAUCAAGCCGCUCGCUGGAGACGCGGGUGCGGCGGCGGCGGGAGCGGCUGCCUCUUCAAAGACGGGCGCUGCGGCGCUGGCCGCGCAGGCGAGGUCCGGCAAGGGGACGAUUGACCCGCGGCUGGCGAGUGUGUACGAUGGGGAGCGCUGGAUGGGCGACCGCAACACGGUCCUGAGGGGCAUCAAGCCGACGGACUUUUCCCACGUGCGAAAACUCGCCAUCCCCUUUAUCCAGAAAAAGUCACAGUCGUCCUCCACGCUCGGCGCGACCCAGUCCCUCUCCAUCAACCAAAAGGGCCCGGCUCGCCGCCCCGAUCCCAUCAUCCUGCUCUCCCCAUCCGCCUCGUCACUCCUGCGCAUGUCCAAUGCGCGCUCCUUCCUCGAGGAUGGCAAGUUUGUGCCUCCUGACGCCGGCGCGUCUACGGCCUCGAUGCUCCACGUCCAGCGCAUCAUCCCCAGCAUCGACCCCAACCGGCCCAUGCGCUUCAUCCUGGUCGAGGGCUCGGAGCAGUUCAAGCCGGAAUACUGGAACCGCGUCGUUGCGGUGUUCACGACGGGCCAGACGUGGCAGUUCAAGAACUACAAGUGGAGCAACCCCAACGAGCUGUUCAAGCACACCAUGGGCGUGUUUGUCGGGUGGAGAGGCGACCUGCCGCCGGAUAACAUCCGUGGCUGGGGCCACCGCGUCGUGAGCACGAGCGUCGACCGUUGGCGAGGCGAGGACGACGUCGCGUCUCGGUUCAGGGACAAGGAGGUUGUCGAGCACAUCUGGAAGGCCAUCGAGAUGAACAUGCGAAGCAAGGGCUGGAGGAAAGAUGCUGCCCCGACGUCGAUAUAAGCCGAAGGGCUUGUUUACCACACCUAGCCUUGGUAGAAAGCACCUCGUCUUGUCACGCCAUGGAGUCUGAUGGAGGCGAGAAGUUGGAAAAGGGAUGAGGUGCAAGUUGCUCUAUCAGAGCUGCAUCGAUGGCCAUGGCGUAGCCAUUGGCCGCUGAGGGAGGGUCUACAACUAACGGAGCAGUUACUGUAUGCAUUUGGCUGUUCUCUUCUUUUUAUUUUUCCAUAUCUCAUUUUCUAGAGCGACGGCGUUUUGGGUUUUGUAUCUUCUCCAAGUAGGGUGCGGACAGAAAAGAAGACAUAGGAAAAUUAGUAG